AAAUCUAGAAAGCGAGAGAAGAGAGAGAGAGAGAGAAAAAGAGUGUACACUCCCAAGAAAAAUGUCUAGGAGCUUGAGGGGUGCGUAGGAUAAGCAGAGUGACUGUGUAUGUGGGGUCUGUAACUCUGUUUCUGUAUUCUACUCAACUCUAUUACACAUGGUGCAGGUUAACACAAGUCUGAAAGUGUAACUGGGUAAAGGAAAAACCCUUUCUUUUUUAGCUUUUGGGUCUUCAUCUUUUUCAACAAUGGCAACUGCGCAUGUUAGCAGAAGCAUGUUCAAAAUAGGGUUUAUUCUACUCUUCUUUGUCUUGUUUCUGGAUCUGGCCUUGCUAUCUUGCGCCAGGCAACAACCAGCUUCAAGACAGAAGCUUCAAGUUCAUAAACACUUGAAACGCCUCAACAAAAAACCAGUUAAAUCCAUUGAGAGCCCAGAUGGGGAUAUUAUUGAUUGUGUACACAUCUCUCACCAGCCAGCUUUUGAUCAUCCAUUUCUCAAAGAUCAUAAAAUACAGAUGAGGCCUAACUAUCACCCUGAGGGGCUGUAUGAUGAGACCAAGAUGAACACAGAGUCAAAACAAAGAGAAAACAGCAUCCACCAACUGUGGCACGUGAAUGGCAUGUGCCCUGAAGACACCAUACCAAUAAGAAGAACAAAAGAAGAAGAUGUUAUGAGAGCAAGUUCUGUUAAAAUGCAUGGAAGAAAGAAGCAUAAAAGCAUUGCUGUGCCUAGAAGUCUCCCUAAAUCUGCUGAUCCUGAUAUUGAUAAUGAAAGUGGUCAGCAGGUAAUCAAGAAAAAUAAAAUAAAAAGAAAAAGCCUAUUUUCCCCUUGAUUAUGACAGAAAAAGCCUAUUUUCCUCUGGAGAUCUUGAAGGUAAGAUUAGCCCUUCAUUGUUUAACUUAAGCUACUUGAGUCAUUUAGACCUUCAGGGGAAUUCAUAUUUAAUGGAACCACUCCCAUGUUAAAUGGCUCUGUGACUAAAUUAAGGUAUUUUGACCUCUCCAUAAAUUCUUUUAGUGGAGUCAUUCCCAUGUUCAUUGGUUCCAUGACUUGGUUAAAAUAUCUUGACCUGUCCACAAAUUUCUUUAAUGGAUCCAUUCCGGUUUUCAUUGGUUCCAUGACUCGGUUAAGGUAUCUUGACCUUUCAUACAAUUAUUUUUCUGGAUCCAUUCCUCCAGAACUUGGAAGCCUCAAGAACUUGCACUUUUUAUCACUUAAUUCCCUUAGUAAUUGUACAACUGAAAACAUAGACUGGUUGUUUCAUCAUUCUCAUUUGCACCACCUUGAAUUGGAUGGUAUUUCUCUAGCCAAAGCAAACCACUGGGUAAAUGUGAUUCUAAGUCUUCAAAGACUGUCAUAUUUAAGUUUAGGGGGAUGUGACCUAUGGCAGGUCAUGCAUCCGUAUUCUCCAUCUGUCAGCUAUACUUCUUCAUUUAUCAUUAGCCUAUAUCUUGGAAACAACAGUCUCAACUCAUCCACGUAUCUUUGGUUGUUCCCACUAACUAGCAAUAUGCUUGUAGAUCUUGAUCUCUCUAGCAACAAGUUGGGUGUGAUUCUGAUGUAGCGCGUGAUACGGAAACGAAGAUCAAACACGUUGAUUCUAAGAAUACCCGCGAAGAUCUUUUCCCAAACCCCCAAAUUCGUCCCCCAAAAGACAAGAAUUUAAAAAAGGUCAAACAAUUAUUUUAUAAAACUCAAAAACUAUCCCCAAUACAAAUUACAUGAGAACUUAUAUAGAGUUUUUAUGAUCAACUCAAUGGACAUAAAUUAAAACAAAACUUAAUGAACACUAAAUGUGGAUUUAUUUCAUUACAUAAUUGAGUCGACACUUGAUAUUCCUGCAUCAUUCUCCCCACCUUUGGAAAAACUCGACCUCGAGUUUCGUCCCAGGCUAAAGCCACCUGGAUCGAAAGGAACAUCAAUCCGAUUCUUUUCGAUUAUUAUCAAGGCCCGCCCAAGUAGUUCUACUUCACGGGUUAUCUCAUUUGACUCUGAACCUGUACCACCUGAGUCGAACGGAGCAUAGGACCAUUUCUUGUUCACUAUUGUCUUGACCCUCUCAAUGAAUAUAGUUCCAACUAAAUAACCAUAUAGUCGUAAACCAUGGACCUCAUUGUAUUUUUUUACAACACACCCAUCAAGUUUAACAACUUUUUCUUCAUUUUGAUCAAUAUGAGUGGCAUCUUUUGACGACAUAGCUUCUCCAACCUCCACAAUCUGGCCAUCAACCAAAUUUUCAAAUAGAACCUCGUACAAGAUUUUUACAGCAUGAGAAUUUUGUAUACCAUGGUUUUCAUCAUCCAAAAUAAUUUCCUCAAAACUAUUUGUUGGAAAAUUACCUUUUAAAAUUGUACAAAAGUAAAUUUGAGAAGCAACAAAAUCUAUUGUGUUUCUUAAUGCCUUCGACUUCAUUGCUUUGCUCAUGGAAUUUUUUUGCAAGCCCCCCAUGCUAACAGGUUGAGUUCCAAAUGUAGCCGCUGGACCACCCGUUACCAUAGGACCAUCACCCUUAACGCUAUGACUUUUGAAACUUGAUUCGUCAUCACCGGCUCCCAUGAUCGUCGACUCUUUUUUGUGGCCAUGCCUAAUGGUGAGCACACUACCGGUACCACCCGAGUCACCGUCGCAUGCCCAAGAAUACCAUUGCUCAUCCUCGUAUUCAUCAAAACAUGGUAGAGUGUGGUACAAGCGAUAAUCCCUCUCACAAGCCAUUUUGAGCCAGGAAUUUAGCUCGGAUACCAACUGAUGUAGCGCGUGAUACGGAAACGAAGAUCAAACACGUUGAUUCUAAGAAUACCCGCGAAGAUCUUUUCCCAAACCCCCAAAUUCGUCCCCCAAAAGACAAGAAUUUAAAAAAGGUCAAACAAUUAUUUUAUAAAACUCAAAAACUAUCCCCAAUACAAAUUACAUGAGAACUUAUAUAGAGUUUUUAUGAUCAUCUCAAUGGACAUACAUUAAAACAAAACUUAAUGAACACUAAAUGUGGAUUUAUUUCAUUACAUAAUUGAGUCGACACUUGAUAUUCCCGCAUCAGAUUCCCAAAUAUUUUAGAAAUUUGUGUAGUUUGACAUCUUUAUUAUUUGAUAACAACUCAAUGUCGGUAAAUCUCCCUGAUUUCCUUAAUAACUUGUCUGGAUGCACAUCGGUUACAUUACAAGCUAGUUGGAUGCUUCAAGUAGCAAAUUCACAGGGUCGUUGUCAGAUAAUAUCCAAAAGUUUUCAUCCCUAGAAUAUUUGUCCAUUUCUCAUAACCAGUUAAAUGGCAGUAUAAGUGAAAAGGUGUGGCAACUACCAAAGCUUGAAACUCUUGAUGUUUCUUCCAAUUCUCUUAGCGGUGCCAUCUCUAAAAGCAUUGGAACAUCAAAUAUUGUAAAAGUAAACCUUUCAAACAACUCACUCAAAGGAGUUCCUUCUGAAGCUUACAUGUCAAACCUUUCUAGUGUUGAACAAAUUGACUUGAGCUCUUGCAUGUUAGGGCCCAGUUUCCCUAAAUGGGUUUAAAAACUGAAAAAUCUUAAUUAUCUUGAUAUUGCCAAUACCAACAUUUCGGACACAAUUCUUAUGGAGUUUUGGACCAUGUGGCCUUCUCAACUGACACAUUUGAAUCUCUCUUCCAACAACAUUACUAGCGAAGUAACAGAUCUAUUAUCAAAUUUCAACCCUAAUGUUAUGUCAAGAAUAGAUUUAAGUUCCAACAACUUUUAUGGUUCUAUACCAUAUGUCCCAUCCACUUUAGAAUGGUUAGACCUUUCCAGAAACAAAUUGAGUGGAGGAAUUUUCUUUUUGUGUGAAGUUGUUGAUGGACAACUAUCCUUUCUUGAUCUCUCGGACAAUUCACUGACCGGACAAAUUCCAGAUUGUUUGUGGAAUUUCAAAGCACCAAAAGUUCUUAGUCUGGAACAAAAUAAGUUGUCUGGAAGGCUUCCAGCUUCUAUUGGGUAUUUGACCAAUCUUGAGGUUUUGUAUUUAUACAACAAC